UUCAGUGCGGAUAUUUCGUACAGCACAGCGUGUCUGCCUGCCUCUGCUGCAUUCCGCCAUUCUGCAGGGAUUCGUGUCCGUGCAUCGUGCGAUUUUAAAUUCCACCUAAAAGAUUCAAAACCCCGAUAGAUGAUUGUUAUCAUGGACUAGAUUCUGGAGGAAUAUAUUUUGGCUGAUUGUGUUGGGAUUAUUUAAUUUGGGCGAGGAUUGACUACUGCCCUGUGGAUGGGGGGAUGCUGAAUAAUCGCUUUAUCAGCGUUGCCGGUUGUGGAUUGAUGUUUUGCAUGGUAUAAAUUGCCGGGCCAUCAUCGGACAUCUGUGAGAGCGGCCAUCGCGCUGCGUCGGAGCGAUGCCGGACCGGAAGUUGCGUGGUGUGCAGAUGCUGCACAUGUUCUUCUUGCUCAUCAAUCUCUUCUGCGCUCUCCGUUCCGUUUCUGCUCAAGGUCUUUCGGAAGAAAUCGUCGCGAAUCCCUGCGUGGUACAGCAGACAUGCAGCGCCUGUAUACAGGCCAAUCCCAAUUGCGCCUGGUGUCAACAAGAGAAUUAUGGUGAGAACACUUUAGCGCCACGCUGUGAUUAUGUACCGAACCUGCUGGCCCGGGACUGCCGGUUUGAGAAUAUCGUCAAUCCGGAGAGCCAGCUCAUAUACAUCAAGAAUGAGAGCUUGAGCAGUGAAAUCCAGUUCUAUCCGCAGCACAUUUCCUUAAGGCUGCGUCCACGAAAGCCGUUUCCACUGGAAGCGAAAUUCAAGCAGGCCAAGGAUUAUCCGGUGGAUCUGUAUUAUCUCAUGGAUUUAUCCUAUUCUAUGCUGGAUGAUAAAGCCAAACUGGCAUCAUUGGGCCGCAUUCUAGCGGCGGAAAUGCGGAAAAUGACCAGCAACUUCCGGCUGGGUUUCGGUUCCUUCGUGGAUAAAGUGGUGAUGCCAUACGUCAGUACUGUGCCAAAGAAAUUGGUUAGUCCCUGUGAUAACUGCACAACACCCUAUGGUUUCAAGCAUCAUAUGACGCUCAGCGAAGACGACGUUAUUUUCAAGCAACGUGUGGAACAAGCCGCCAUAUCCGGGAAUCUGGAUGCACCGGAAGGGGGCUUUGAUGCCGUUAUGCAGGCCAUUGCCUGCAAGGAUGAAAUCGGCUGGCGGGAGAAGGCCCGAAAACUGCUGGUUCUGUCGACGGAUGCCAGUUUCCAUUAUGCCGGCGAUGGCAAGUUGGGCGGCAUUAUCACACCCAACGAUGGCGCGUGUCAUUUGGGAUAUCGGGACGGGGAACUGCAGUACACGGAGAGUUUAACCCAGGAUUAUCCGUCACUGAGUCAGAUCAACCGCGCUGUGAAGGAGAACAAAAUCACCAUGAUCUUCGCCGUCACCGAGGACCAGCUGCCCACGUACGAGCGCCUCAAGUACUUCGUGGAGGCCUCCGCCGCCGGCAAACUGGCCAACGACUCCUCCAACGUGGUCGACCUCGUCAAGACCACCUACAUGAAUAUCACGUCCACCGUGGAGUUGAAAGACAACGCCCCCUCGGAUCUGGUCAAAGUCAGCUACUUCUCCUCCUGCAUGGGCAGCGGUGAGCGCAAGCGCACCAACGUCUGCUCCGGACUGCGCGUCGGCUCGGAGGUGCGCUGGGAGAUUGUGGUGGAGGUGAUCAAAUGCCCGGCCGGGCCGCCUCCCCACCGCAUCCCCUUCAAGAUCCGGCCGGUGGGGCUGGACGAUGAGCUGCUGGUGGAUCUGGAGGUGAUCUGCGGCUGCGACUGCGAGCAGCCCGAGUACGCGCUGUACAACUCCACCAAGUGCAGCGGCAAGGGCACCUUCGAGUGCGGCAUCUGCCGCUGUCCGCCCGGCACCUUCGGCCGCUUCUGCGAAUGCACCUCCGACUCCAUCCAGGAAGAGAAUGAACUCUUCGGCUGUAUGGCACCCAACACGACAAUCGUCUGCAGCGGGCGUGGCAACUGUGUGUGCGGGGAAUGCGUGUGCUUUCCACGGGAUGAUGGGCACAGCGUGUAUGGGAAAUAUUGUGAGUGUGACGAUUUCGAUUGUCCCCACUUCAACGGCCUUCCCUGCGGCGGACCGACGCACGGGCAUUGCGACUGUAAAUUCUGCAUCUGCAAACCGGGCUGGACCGGGCCCAACUGCGGCUGCUCCACCGACAACAGCACCUGCAUCUCCAAAAAUGGGCUGGAAUGCAACGGGCACGGGCACUGCGACUGCGGGCACUGUGUGUGCGACGUGGACCCGGUGACCAACACGCAGCUGUUCUACGGGCCCACCUGCGAGAACUGCCCCACCUGUCCGGGGAUGUGCCACACCCUCAAGCCCUGCGCCCAGUGCCAGGCCUUCGGGACCGGCGAGCUGGAGGACGAGGAGGACGGCUCGCGCUGCCUCAAGAACUGCACGCUCUUCAACGCCACCCACGUCGACGCCGUGCACAAGGAUAUGCCGGGUGAAGAGAUCUGCCAGUUCCGUGAUGAACGCGAUUUUUGUACCUUCUUCUUUUCCUAUUACGACCACCCCGAUACCGGCAAAUUGGUCGUGGAAGUGCAGAAAACCAAAGUGUGUCCGGAGGAAGUGCGCGCCUUACCUAUUAUCAUCGGCGUAAUACUGGGCAUUUUGGCGGUGGGAUUGGCGCUGCUGCUUAUCUGGAAGAUCCUUACCGUUAUACACGACCGCCGCCAAGUGGCCAAAUUCAACGCCGAAGUGCAGAACGCCAAAUGGGACACGAGUGGAAACCCCAUUUUCCGGCCGGCCACCAACACAUACCGCAACCCGGUGUACGGCAACAAAUAAAUCGCAAAAAAAACGGAGAAAAAAUUGGCCUUAAUUCAGUCGGUUCUUCCUGUUCCUAAAUCUGAGAUGGUUUUUGUGUUUUUUUUGCCCGAUAAUCUUCCGCUUGGGAAGCGGCAUAAUGAUGACCACUUCCCCCCUUCGCCAUGGCAGCUGCUGCAGCGCGAACCCGAAUCUGGAAUUUUCUGUAUUCUUAACAUGUGCCUGAAUUUGUAAUUUUAAUUUUUACGCGGUUUUAUUGGGGAUGUUAAUCGUUAAAGCGGGAUCUGACACGGGGCGUGGUUGUUUUCUAACCUUUUUGAUCUGUUUGAAGAAUUUCUAACUUUGACUGGACGUUCAUGGUUGUUUUUCUGCGGGGAAACUGGACCAAUACUGGAGAGUUGGGGUUGGUUUUGCAUUGGUGGUUUGUGUGUUUUUGUUGUAGUUUGUGUUUUGGUGGGAGGUUGUCCGUCUCCUGGUGACCUUUGUGCAUGGCAUUUUCUGUCUCCUUUUGUGAUUUUAACGUGUACGCCCCCUCAGGAUCAUGGUAACGAUGUUACAAAAAAAUAAAAAGCCGAAUUAUGA